AUGCCUCUUGCAUUUCAGGUCGCCAAUCUCGCCGUCAAACCGCCCAAGGUGGGUGAGAAUGGCUACCAAGGCUUCAAUCCGCACAAAGAGACACUUCCUAAAGGGUACCAAAGCCGAGAUGGAGCAAGGGCACUCUCUGAAGAUAUGAUCGCUGAACACGAUGUUGCUGUCAAAGUCAGAGAUGGCUGCACUCUAUACUGCGACAUCUAUCGACCCGUGAGUAGUGGGAAGGGUGAUGUCAAGGUGCCUGCGAUUGUGGCCUGGAGUCCGUUCGGCAAGAAACAUACUGGAAUUGACAUGAUGUCAAAGGUUAAAUGGGGUUGCGGUGUGCCCAAGGGCUGCCUUAGUGGUCUCGAGCGAUUCGAAGGACCAGACCCAGCGGAAUACUGCCCUCGCGGGUAUGCCAUCGUCAACGUCGACGCAAGAGGUGCGGGUGACUCUGACGGAGAUAUUGUCAUUAUGGGGAAGCAAGAAGGCGAAGAUGGGCAUGACGUAAUCGAAGAGCUGGCGAAAAUGGAUUGGUGUAACGGCUCGAUUGGACUGGCUGGAAACUCACACCUCGGCAUCGUACAAUGGUUCAUCGCGGCAACACAACCUCCAUCACUCAAAGCCAUCGCGCCCUGGGAAGCUUGUGGUGACCUCUACCGAGAGCAGUUCGUACGCGGAGGUGCUUGGGAUAAUGGACUAUUCGACUUCAUAACUGAACACGUUAUCCGGGGGAAGAACGGCCUUGAAGAUUUCAAAGAAAUGUACCGGCGUUCAUCUACCAUGAACCCUUAUUGGGAAGAUAAACGAGCAGAUAUCGCAAGCAUCAAUAUUCCUACCUACAUCGUCGCGUCAUACUCGAGUUUCGUCCACACCAUGGGCUCGAUACGUGGUUGGAUGCAAGUCAACACCAAGGACAAGUGGUUGCGUUGGGAUCCUUACCAAGAAUGGUACGAUCUCUGGUCUGUCCAGGAAUCCAUCGAUGAACUCGCUUCCUUCUUCGAUCGCUAUCUUAAGGGCGAGAAGAACGACUGGGAAAACACACCACGCGUACGCAUGGCGUCACUCAACUACGGCGACAAAGAAGCCAUCUACCCUAUCGUCGAAGAAGAUUUCCCUAUACCACGUACAGACUACCGCACCCUCUACCUCAAUGACAACAAUACCCUUCAAAAAAGCGCACCGACAAACACCAGCACUCUAUCCUACAAUUCGGAAAGCAACACUUCGCCCGUCUCCCACGCAGCAUUCACCCUAAAGUUCGAUCAACCAACCCGCCUCAUGGGCCUACCUAAAGCUGUGCUCUACAUGUCUUGUCCAGACUUCAACGACAUGAUUGUCUACGUCUUGAUACGCAAGCUAGACAAACAGGGCAGCCCCAUGAUCGCUAUCAACAUCCCCUGGUCCGCCGCCCCUUACUCCCGCGCCGCCGACAUCCCCGAAUCAGACUACAGUAAUCUAAUGAUUUACUACGGACCCACAGGCGUCCUCCGAGCGUCGCACCGUAAGACCGACCCUUCGAAAUCUAUUCACCCGCAGUAUCCCUUCCACGCCCACGACGAGGUGCAGAAGAUUACGCCGGGAGAGGUGGUCAAGCUAGAAAUUGGGUUAUGGGCCAUGGGCGUAGAUUUCGAGGCUGGAGAGGGGAUUAGUGUGCAGGUUAGUGGCGAGUAUCCGCUUGUGCAGGAGUUUGGGCCGAGGAAGAAGGUGGAGUUGGAAGAAAGGAACAAGGGUGUGCAUCAAGUGCAUGUUGGUGGGGAGUGGGCGAGUCACGUUGUAUUGCCUUUUGUGUGA